CUCCCCCUUUCCACCCCCCUAUCCUUUUCCCGGGUGGUAAUAGAUUAGAUUACAAACAGUGGCUUUUGUCAGCACUUCCUUUGUUAUUUCCUUAUCCUCUCCUAUUCUCUCCUAUUCUCUCCUAUUCUCAUUUAUCAAUCCAUUGCUAAUAAAAGUACUCCUGUCUUUUACUUAUGAAUAUUGCCCUCUACAUUGCCAUAGCUUAUAUCAUUAUCCGCGUCCUCAAAGCCGUAUUCUUACCAAGCAUGUCCAGCAGCGUCCCUGAACUCGUUUUCGACGAAAUCAAGAAUGUUUCUGAUGGAAACCCCUUCAAUGGCCGCGAGAUGACCAUCAUCGAUGUGCGCAACCCGGGCGAAUUCGAAGGAGGUCAUAUCCCCAACGCCCACAAUGUCCCCCUGCCCGAGCUCAACAGCGCCCUGGAACUGUCGCCAGAGGACUUUACUGCAAAGUAUAACUUUGUCCUGCCCAGUCCCGAGGCACAGGACAAGGGCGUGGUUGUUCACUGCCAGGUGGGCGGCAGAGCUGCUAAGGCUGCCGAUAUAUUUGCUGCUAAGGACUAUAAAGAAAACCUUUAUAUUUACAGACCCGGUUGGUCCGAGUACUCGAACAAGAAGACUACUAAGGAUUGAACGAGCACUACACACACAAUACACCCAUUUUUUUAAAUAGAAAAAGUUUAUGGACUUUGAUUUUUUAGACAAAUAAAUUGUAUUUUGUGCGCAUGUGACCCUGUU